ACGAUAUGGUGAAAAGGGCGCGUGAUCACACUUUUGUAGCCGAGGAAAUUGCACACGAAGUCUCCCGAACUCGAUCGACUAGACUACGAAGUUCAAACAACGCCCACGUCAGCACGACGGCAGAUUCCAGCGUGCAUAGAUCUCGCAGUGGUCGAACAGUACAGACUGCUUCCUCGAAUCCCAAUUUACGACAACGAUCCGACUGCAGCAGUGAAGGGGAGAGACGAAAACGACCAAGAAAUACAGAGAUGCAUACAUAUGGUGACAGAAGAAAUACGGAAACGGGUAUCAACUCUGCUCGAGAGUCGAGGAACAACCGGUCCUCAGCUGGACUUGCGGCGGACGCCCAUACGAUGACGAGAAGCGAAUCAAACUUACCAACUGCUGGGGGAUCUAGACGCUGCAAUAUAGAUCCAUUGAAGUUGUCCCAAGAUGAUAUUUCGGUAACUGAAGACAAUAAUCCCAUAGGAAGAUCUGUGAAGCUAUUUGUGCAAGCCAAAACAGCGACGCAAGGAAUGAAAUCUUUGAUGUCUGAAAAUGAACAGUUGUUCCAGGAGUUCAAAGAUUUCUUAAUAGUCAAUUUACCCGAUAAGGGGCCGCCGCCAGAAGGCGCUACACUUUCUACACGUGGGGAUGAAAAGGUUUCGCCUCCCCUUCUGAAGCUUUCUGUUGGUGUUAAUACGUGCGCUACAAUACCCUCCGAUUUUGUCAACGAAUCUGCCAUUGAAUGGACAGACGAUUUGAAAUCAUCUUUGAAGUGCACAAUUUGUCAGGAGCUCUGCCAUCGGUGCGUUACAUCAUGCCCUUGCUUCCACACCUUUUGUGGGGGCUGUCUUAGCAUGUGGUUUGAGCGCUGCGGAACCCGGAAAACAUGCCCGACCUGUCGCGAGGCGAUUUCGUCGGUAUCAAAAAAUUUGCACGCAGAGCAGUUAUUGAAGUCGUAUUUUGCUUCGUUUCCAACACAAAGACGAUCUCAAACUGAGCUGAAUGAGUUGCAGACGAAAGACAGACUUUACUGUGCAAAUGUGGUGCUACUGAAUGACAACUCCUCAUCUUCGAAUGCAAGGAGGCGAAGAUACGCCGGUCACAGUGCUUCGAACGGUGUUCCUGUGGCACUGAGUGAUAUUUUGAGCAAUGUAGACACUGACGAUUCGCAAGACAAUGGAGAGACCUCUGCAUUCGAGACCUCGACUGCAGAUAACGAAGAGCCAAACUCACUCGAACAUCGAUUUUUCUCUGUUAAUGACCCCACUGAUACUGAGUUGGGUGGUUCCUCUUUUCACUUUGGUCGCCUCGUUAAUCGUAGCAGUAGAGUAGAGUCAACUACACGCCCAGCGACUAGCAGAACGGAUCGAAAUCCAAUGCAGUCGACCUUCAAUGCGCCGCAGAACCAGCGGAACGACAACGAUUUCGGCACUCAAUUUUUGUUGUCUCCCUUAAGAGUAAGAUCGCUUGAUGCGGUUACGAACCGGAUGGCAAAUUACGGAGGAAUUCGCGAUGACACUCUCACGUUGUCAGAAGCCUCUGCAGAAAUAGUGUCGUCGUUUUUGGACCAGAGUGAGGAAGAGUCUGAAACUGGCGAGGAGACUACUGGACCAGAAGCGAUGACAUCAGCAGCUCCAUCGGCAGCUGACACUCAGCCGAUAACAUCGCGACGCCGAAGCAGUCCACGACCGUUUCCAACUGAAAGUAGAACUCGUCGUUCGGAUAGGACUAACCCAAACAGACGUGAGUAUGUCUCAAGUAGCCGGAGACCAAGGGUUCGAGGCUUGGCUGUGCGACGUCGCGGAGGAGGCGUAGUUCGAGGAGUGCGAUCGAAUCGUAGAAACAGGCAACAGGAGACUGUUAGUUCUACGACUGGAAAUCACGAGGUCAAUCAGCACAAUUACGCUCGAGAUGAAGGCAGCGAUACUGAAAAUGGGUCGGAUUCCAAUUAUGAAACGAGGAUAAAUGUGGCGUACGAAUUGAAUAGUUAUAGCUCGGAUGAUGGAAGCAAUAGUUCUAGCUCUGAUACAGAAAGCUCUUUGAACUUCAGUGACUACCAGGCGACUAAUAACGAUGGUACUAAUGCAGUUGCGUAAUGUGCAUACAUCUAUUACAAAACGAAACUAUCGAAAAAAAAUUUUGUUCCUUGUAUUUAAGCUAAAAUUUGGUGUGUUGUACUGUUUAAGCCCCACCUAUGUAGUUAAACUUCUACUGCUUCAAUAUUUAUUAAAUGGAAUAAACAUAGGAAAAUAUAAUUUUGUUCGUUA